AACAAAGCAAGGCCGCAAAGUCGGCUAGCGCGCUGCUCGUACAGUUCAGUGUGGCAAGAGAAGCUAAAAGGUUGUAAUGAACGGACGGAAACCGGCCUUACGAAACUACUCUAUUAUUGUUUUGUGCGUAUUUAUGGAAUUUCAUUUUGAGUUCAUCAGCUUAGCAAGUGUAUAACCUAAUUGCGAUGCGCGUCAGUCUGAGUGCUCUGCUGUUGCUACACCUGCUGCUGCUGCUGCUGCAGUUGUUCAGCAGUGCCAGCGCAGCGCGCAGUAUGAAUCGACAGCAACUGAAGACAAUCGAACGUUAUAUGGAUCCGAGCGCGGAUCCGUGCGAUGACUAUUACCAGUAUGCGUGCGGUAACUGGCAGUAUGUACACGCGGACGCGGAAUAUUAUGAAACGAUCGGUCUCAUUGACUAUAAAGUCGAUCAGGAGUAUGCGCAUUUGCUGAACAGUAUACGCCGGCGACGCCGUCUACGCGAAGAACCUACCUUUGUGCGAAAGUUAUUGGACUACUACAAGUCGUGUUUGACAGUUUACGCGUAUACGCCGCAACUAUACCUCGAUUGGCUGCAGGAUCAUGAGCAAUUGGUGUGGCCUACGGUUUUGCCAAGCAAAAGUACUACACGGCGCACUUCUAAGCGACGCGCCAAAGCUGUACGCUACGAUUGGCUGCAAAUGUUGGCCGUGUUGCGCAAGUAUGGACUGAACUCCGUGUUCAUUGAGGAGACAGUCAUACAGCGUCGAGACUAUGCGCGUGCUUCGGCUAUUGAUUUAGACAAGCCGGUUUUGAAUGGCGGAUUUCAGCCAAUUCUCCAUAAGGGAUUCCUGUUGAUUAUGGAAUAUUUGGGAGUGACAGAUGAGCAAGGUAAAGCCAGCCUCUGGGACGAAGUGCAUGAAUUCGAAACGAAAUUGAAGAGCUUAGAUUUCGUGGAGGACACCACUGAAGAAGCUGAGGAAAGCGCCUCGGCUCAGCGUGAAACAACCUUGGCUGAAUUGAAUAUGCCUUUUCUAACGCGCUACUUAGACAUGUUACUAGGUCAGCCGGUGGAUCCUUAUAUGAAAUUGACCAUACAAAAUCUACCAUAUAUGCGUUUGCUGCUCACCGUUCUCGACGAGCACGAACCGGAAUUCAUCUGUCGCUACUUGAUGAUACGCUUUCUGUGGUAUCUAAACGUUGAUGGACCUCGCAACUUUCUCCAAGGCGAUUGUGUCUCACACACGCGCAGUAUGAUGCCGCUUGCCAUGACUUGGUUAUACGAACGACACAAUCCCGAACUUAUCGACGAAAAAUCACACAUUGAAAGUCUCUUUCAGAAAUUACUACAACAUUUCACCGAAACACUACACAACAAUGCCAAUGAGUUCGACUCGCAUAUACUACGUUUCUUGCAGGACAAAAUCGAUACGAUGCGCAUUAAAGUCGGCAAUUUGCCACGGCCCGCCACAAGUCGACAGGUGGAGGCAUUCUACGCCAAUUUAACAAUAGAGCCAAGAAAAUUUUACGCAAAUCAUUUGAGCCUACUACAUCAUUUCACACAAGCCAAGCAUAAGCGUCUCAACGAACUGCUCGCUCAAGACGACUCAUUCUUCCAUCUGGAAGAUCCCGAAACCGGCGCUAGCUCCUCACCAUACUAUCUUUUACGCUCGAAUGUGGUAAUUGUACCACUAACAUUACUACACACGCCCAUAUAUCAUCCGCAAAUGCAUGAGGUCUUCAAAUACAGCUCGCUCGGCUUCCUACUGUCACACGAAAUCACACACGGUUUCGAUGAUAGCGGUGUCGAGUUCGAUAAGCGCGGCAAUAUGCGCGGUCCCUCCGAUCGUAUAAAAUCGAAUCGUAUAUUUGAUUCAAAUUUAAAUUGUCUACGUUCACGCAAUCCACAAAUUGUCGAUGAGAAAAUAGCCGAUGUUAGUGGUCUGCGCUGGGCAUACGAGGCUUAUUUCAAGGGCAAUGGUAGCAGCUCACAGGCUAAUGGCCGACCACUGCAUUUCACCACUCUCUCGCCGGAGCAUGUAUUCUUCUUGAACUUCGCGCAAUUCUUCUGCGGUUCACCGGUUACCAGCACACGUGACUUGGAGUUCAGUGAGCAUGGCUCCGAUAAGGAACGUGUUUUGGAUGCGCUGGCGAAUUUCGCAGAAUUCGGUCGAGUGUACGAUUGUAAGGUGGGCAGCCGCAUGCAUCCGCAACGAAAAUGUCAACUGUGGAGAUAGCAAGCGAAUGCAGAAGGAUGAGCGAAUAUUAUUAAAAUGUAUUAACCGUCGAUUUGUGUUUGUGCUAAUGUGUUAUUAUAAGUAAUCAGAAACUUAAUUAUUAAGCUGUAUAUAAAAACAAAGUGUUGUAAAUAAAUAAACAUUAUGCAUAUAUAAUUUUAAUAUAAGUUCAGUGAUUAUUCGUGUCAAAAAAAUAUUUAAUUCAAUAUAAAAUGUUUUAAUUUGCUGUCAUUGCAAUACUCAGACUCUCAGACUAAACUUGUACGUGCCUGUAUGUGUAUAUACAACGAAAAUAUGAAAAAGCAAAAAUAAUGGGUUAUAAAUAAAUUAAAGUAAAAUAAUUUGUUAAUCAAAUAAUAUGAUCACACAGCUCUUAUCACUUUCUACGUAUCUCGCUUCUACUGUAAGCGUAGUGAGGUUUUGAAACAGUUUCCUGUUUUCCAUAACUUUUGGAUGUUGGCGGCACCAGGAUAUGAAGCCGAACCUUUUGAAUGUCAGUACGCAAUGCUAACUACGCGCCGUAUUAACUGUUCGAAUUUGAACAUUUUGAACUCAUACUUUCGACCUCGAAUAA